GGGUGCCACGACAGUCGCAUCGAAGUCGAGUUUACGUGCGCGCGCGCGCGUGCUACCAAAAAAUCUCCCUUUCUGUUCUCCCCCUCCCGCCGCGGCAGCCGAGGAGGGAAGAAAGAAAAAAAAACGAGCGACGGACGAAGGAAAGCAGGGAAAGAAGGGAACCGUUCCUGGACGUCUGUUUCGAGCAUCGUUCGAGUUUUCCCGAGGGACCCCGAACCUGUCGGUGGCUGCGGUUUUUUCUCGGACUGUUACGUUUCUCGUUGCCGAGGAACGCCACGAUGUGCUGUGUGUGUGUACAGUGCAGUGUCUACUUGGUGCUAACUUAGUGAUAACGAUAUUAAAACACGCCCACGUCGAGCCGUCGCCAGACCACGCCACGGCGUCUUAUCGCGCCGCUCAGGAUUGAUAACGGACAAGAAGCCGUGGUGAGAGCUUGAGAUUUUCCUGGCGAUCGUCAGCUCUUCUCAAGGAUUACCUAUGACCUCCUCUCAGGUCCUCAGGAGGACCACGCUUCCGGAAGAGAGGCGUUUUAACCAGCGGUCCUAAUCCCUUUCCACUCCCCCUUGUUCCCCCCACUCCCCUAAUUACCCUCUGGUUCGCCUCCGUUGAGCAACCCCCGUUAAAAGAUCUUCGGAUCGCAGACGGAGGAGGCGGAGGAGGAGGAGGAGGCGGAGGAGGAGGAGGAGGAGGAGGAGGAGGAGGAGGACGUGGAGGAGGAGGUGGAGGAGGAGGAACGGUCGUUAGAAGAGGACAAGUCUCGACAAGAUGGACAUGAGCAGCGAGUCGAGCGCGGCUAGGUGGUAUGAGCCCCCCAGGUCCACGUUGGAGCCGCCAUCAGGGGGCGCGGGGGUCGGCGGAGUUGUAGGCAACCCCACUGACUACAGGGGAUACUACCCCCACGCUGGACCCACCGCACACCACCCUGCCGCCGCUGCACACUAUGCUCACACAAGGAUGUCCAGCAGCGGCGUGACGAGCGGCCCGGUGAGCCAGGUGUGCCGGCCACACUUCCACAGUUCGGUGCUGCACCCGUGGUUAUCGGGUAGCGGCGCGGACACCUCCAAGACACCGUGGGGCUUCCCGGCGUCCACGGGUUCCGGUGGCGCGGUGAGCGACGACAAACCGCAGAGCCCUCUCGGUUCGUCGCUGCCCCCGAGCACAGGCAGCCUGUCGAGUCACGGAGGCGCCGGCGCCGGUCACCAUCUCUUCUCUUUCCCGCCUACGCCGCCGAAGGACGCUACCCCGGACAGCAUCACCGCCAGCACCACGUCCAGUACGAAUAACAACAACAACAGCAGCGCCAGCAACAACAACAACAACACCAGCAAUCCUCUGUCCGGUCUAGGAGGCGGCGCGAGCAGCGAGUACCAAGCGGCGGUGGCGCACGCCGCCGUGAUGGGGGCCUUCAUGCACCACCAGGACGCACUCGGCGCGUCCGGCGCGAGUUCCUGCGACGUGAAGCCCAGCGUGAUGCUAGGCCACCACCACGGGGCACCGUCGCCACCCCAUCAGCAGCACAACGGCACCGCGAACCCCGGAAACGGCGGGAACAGCGGCGCCGGCGGCGGCGGCCAGGUGAAGCAGCGCGAAGGUAAUAACCAAUCGAGCAGCGUGUCCGGCAGCCAACAGGCGAGCACCGCGCAACAGCAACAACAGCAGCAACAGCAACAGCAAGAGGCGUAUCAGGGGAGCAGCGUGGCUGCUGGAGGCGGCGGUGGUGGCGGUGGCGGCGGCGCCAGCUCGCCGUGCCGGGACAGUUACGCCGCCGCCGCUGCCGCCGCCGCCGCGGCAGCGGCCGCCGCUGCCUCGAACACCCACCACGCCACUUCCGGGUCCCAGUACGACCCGGCGACCAGCGCGUAUAACAUGUACCAGCACCUGCAGUAUCCUAGUACCAACCACCACCACCACCAUCACCAUCAUCACGGCGCCUCCUCGUCGUCUUCUUCGUCUUCGUCCCACAAUCCGCACAACGGUAACGCCGCGGUGCCCGGUAUAUUCGGGCAUCACGCUGGCAGCGGGCCCGGGAACGCGACCGGCGUGGCCGGCGUAAACGUCGAUUCGAAGUUGUUGGUCGGUCACGCGCACGCAAACACGCCGAGCUCGCCGUCCGCGCAGCAGCAGCAGCAGCAAAAGCCCAGGAACAAGUCGAGGACGUCCGCCGAGGGUCGCGAGUGCGUGAAUUGCGGCGCGACGUCGACGCCACUCUGGAGACGGGACGGGACCGGCCACUACCUCUGCAACGCCUGCGGACUUUAUUACAAGAUGAACGGCCAGAAUCGACCCCUCAUCAAGCCGAAACGACGCCUGGUGAACCGGCCGCUCACGAUGAAGAAGGAGGGCAUCCAGACGAGGAACAGGAAGCUGUCGUCGAAGAGCAAGAAGAAGAAGGCCGGAGGAUGUUUGGGACUCGGUGGCGUUAUGGGCGAUAUGAUCAAGGCCAGUGGUCAUCUCGAUCUCGAUAACAAGCCCUUCCACUCCGGAUUCGGCUCACCCAUGGGUACGUCGCAGCAUCACCACACGAUGCAUCCGGCGAUGCAGCAUUACAUGUAUCACACGGGUGUCGGCGUGGCUGGAGGUCUUCAUCAAGGAUUUGCGCCACCGGCGCCGCCCCCCAUCCACCCGCACUCGCACUCGCAUUCCCAUUCCCAUCACAUGACGAGUCUUCAGGGUCUCCAACUGGCCGCCACGACGAACGCAAUGACCGGUUGGCGAUCGGAGUACACAUGAAUUGCGAGUGAUCAGCAGCUCAGGACGCAGCCCGCCGCUCUCGUUCUAACGUAAUGAAGUCAAGCUCCUCUCUCUCGCACAACCCCACCCCCACACCCCCUCCCUUACCCCUUACCACAUCCCCUCGCGCCUCGUGCGAAACGGGAGACGUUCGAGGGGCAGGAAUCGCGAAAAACAAUUUUCCAAACUCCUGUCUUGGUUUUCGCAACGUCCCCCUCCCCGGUAGACUCGCAGUUUCCCCUACUUACCACCCCCCUCUCCCCCCUCCCCAUCUCCCCCUCCCCCUCCCCCACCCCUUCUCUCUCACUCGUCUCCUGUUCCCGCGGUCUCGCGUCGCUGUAAAUAUUGUAAAGUUUCAUCGUAGGGCCAUCGAGCCCAGGCCCCAAGUACAAACGAAGUCAAGCUAACAUGUAUCGAGUCUUAUAAUACGCUGUAAAUAAACACUGUUACGGUAAAGUGCAAGAAUUUAUAUCACCCCCCGCGCGUCGUUGCGUAGUGGCAAGGGGACGGGUGGGGGCGGAGCGUGCUCUCCACCCCCCCCGCCCCCCUUUUUUUUUUUCACGUGAAACCCUCUCUCGUUCGGAGGGAGUCCUCGAAGACGAAUCUUUCGGGGCGUCGAAAGCGUUUCGAGCGAUUCUUUUCGGGAAAUUUUUUGUGUUCGACGAUCGGGUAAAGCGUAAGGGUAGGGUGGGGGGUGGUAGCGGUGGGAGGAAAGGGGAGGGAGAUCGUUGAUCGUCGAGGACAGGAAUCGUUAGGUAGGGGAACACCGCUGAACCGUGGAUUUUAACACGUCGAUCGCUGAGAUCGUGUCCGAGGAAAAUUUGUCGAAGGUGGAAAUCGAGUUUGAGAUUACAGAGGGAUUUUGUGUGGGUCAAGGUUCAGUAUUUUGCGGCUCGAAGGUCCAAAGUUCGAGGUCACAGUUUUCUUAUGUCAGCUGCCUGCGAGGAUUUUUAUUCGAUAUUGCGAAUAAACAGCGAAUAAAAUGGACAAAAUAGAGAAUGGGAGAACAAGAAAAUAAAGAAAAUGGAACAUGGUAAAUCGGAAACCGGUGGAAAACGAGGUAAUUUGGAAUUGGAAAAUGGGAAAUGGGGAAAACGGAACGAAGGGGAGUAUGAAGAAAAUGGGAAAUGGGAAAAUAAGGAAAUGGAGGGAAAUGGAAUGUGCGGAUUUGGAAAAUGGGAAAUGGGAAACCGGAACGAAGGGGAAAAUG